AAAUAUCUAUCAUUCUUAUUCAUGCAUGGAAUUUUGUCUUCUGCCUUCUGGUAUAUCGAUGCAGAAGAAUAUUAACACAAACGGAGGGAUUUAACAUAGACUAUUUAUCUAAUGUCUGUUGCUAAAUCAAACAAUCGAUCCCUCCUUUAUUCACAUUCAUCAAUUUUCUUCAUCUGUUUCUUCAUUUCUUCAUUCUCUGUCACCUUCUCUUAUGGAGCUCCUCGUGUCCUACCUGCACCAUUCUCAGAUGGGAGAGAGAUCAGAAAUGCGGUUGAUACCAGAAGGAUUGCAGCUGAAAUUCAUUUGAGCAAUAGCACAGCCCCCUCCCCUGAAGCCGCGUCGACUAAAUUGAUAUUAGCAGCAAAGAGAACACAUCGGAGAUGCCCCGCUGAUGGCUUCAAUUAUUAUGAUGGUGGCUGGAAUGUCUCCGAUUCUCAUUACUUGUAUUCGGUUGCUUUCUCAGCAGCUCCACCCCUGCUAGCUGGUAUAAUAUGGUUCAUACUAUUUGGGCUAUGGCUCCUCGGCAUGAUCAUCCGUUUUUGCUGCUGCUGUUGCUGCAGCUGUUGCCGUCCCAGAAGGCAGCGUAAUAUUGACCAUAACCGGACUGCCUACACGAUCACCUUUUCUUUACUCCUACUUUUUACACUUGCUUGCAUAGUCGGGGGUAUUGUGGCUUACGUGGGAGAGGAAAAGCUGGAGAGAAGUGUUGUCAAAGUAACAUUAUAUGUUUUGGAUCAAGCAGACGUUGCAUUUGGUAAUCUGAGGAAUCUGAUCAAUAACCUUCUGGCAGCUAAGAAGAUAGGGGUGGACCAGCUUGGUUUACCUGCUGAGGUACAGUCUCAAAUCGACCAGAUCGGAGGAAAGAUCAACUAUUAUGCUGAUAAACUCCAUACUGUAUCCAAGCAUAGUACAGUAGAUAUUUGGAUGUUCAUGAGACCCAUAAGGCGCACCCUAAUUAGCGUUGCCAUUGGACUGCUUGCACUGAUAUUACUUGGCUUUUUUAUUGCUGCUUUUGGCCUGAAGUUUCUUAUAUACUGCUUAGUGAUCAUCGGUUGGAUUGUUGUCACGGCAGCAUUUAUAUUAACAGCCAUGUUUCUACUUAUUCACAAUGUUGUUGCGGACUCUUGUGUUGCCCUAGAUGACUGGCUUCAGAAUCCGAUGGCAGAUUCAGCCAUCGAAAACAUAAUUCCAAGACUGGAUAACGAGACUUCCCAGAAGAUCUACUCGACUACUAGAAAAGUAACUUAUGGAGUUGUCAAUGUUAUUAAUAGUGACAUUAUCAAUGUCACCAAUGUAAACAUGCCGCCAAGUGCUGGACCUCUGUACUAUAAUCAGUCCGGUCCACUCAUGCCUCUCCUUUGCAAUCCAUUACACCCUGAUCUUUCUGAUCGCAAAUGUUUGCCUGGUGAAGUUACCUUUGACGAUGCAAGUCAGGUUUGGAGCAAUUUUGUAUGUCAAGUAUCAGAUAAAGGGAUUUGCACGACACCAGGGCGGCUGACACCUAACGGCUACAAUCAACUACUGGUAACAACAAAUAUAAGCCAGGUAUUGUACGAAGAGGGGCCUUUUCUGAUGAGCUUGGUGGACUCGACUUUCGUAAUUAAUUUGUUUCAGAGCCUGAUGGACAACAAUUGUCCGGGUUUAAGCAACUACAGCAAAAUGACCUAUGCUGGACUCCUGGCAGCCUCCAUUUUGCUCUUGUUGUCCGUCGUGGCGUGGAUUGUUCAUGGAGAAUAUGCCAGGCAGCGUCGACUGGCAACGUAAGAGACUACAAGUUCCCAGCCAUGCCAUUGAGUGUGCAAUUUAUGUCAUCAACAAAAGUGUUCUUGUAAUGUACUUAGUUCUGAUAUUAGUUCUGAUCAACGGCUACAAAAUCAUUCAGCUGAUGAGAUUAAAACGACACGGAGGGGUGAGUAUAAAAUUAUGUGUAUUCUAAAUUCUAAUCGAAAUUUUGAAUUUUCGAUCUAAAAAACAAA